AUGGCACCGACCGCAGUCCAAGCUCCCGUCAGCUACGUGUCGCCGCGGGCUCGCUUCGGGCUCAUCGUGCCCGCGACCAACACCGUCGUCGAAGCCGAGUUCGCGCGCAUGCUCGUGCCCGGCGUGUCCUGGCACAGCGGACGCAUCGCCAUUGCGAACCCAUCACUCAAGGACGACGCGACCAUGGUCGCGUUCCUAGAAUCACUCCGCACGACCAUCGGCGACGCCGUCCGAAGCGUGGGCAUGUGUCUGCCGACAUACCUAGUAAUGGGCAUGAGCGCCGAGACGUUCUGGGGCGGCCUUUCCGGCGCAGCAGAAUUCGAGCGCUUCAUGGCCUCCACGUCCGGCGGGCUGGGCGUCACAACAGGUGCGCUGGCCGCGCGGGCCGCGCUGGACGCUUACGGCGCGCGCCGCAUCGGCAUCAUCACGCCGUACCAGGCCGUUGGCGACGCGCAGGUCGUCGAUUUCUUCACGGCUGUCGGGUACGACGUGCACAUGAUCCACGGGCUGCGGUGCGAGACGGCCACGGCGAUCGCCGAGGUCGCACCUGAGACGAUUAAGGAGGCGUUCCGACGGGUCGACGCGCUGGGCGUGGAUGCCCUGAUGCAGGCGGGCACGAACCUGCCGGCGGCGGUGGCGGCGGCGGAGAUCGAGCGGGAGUUGGGGAAGCCGGUUAUUGCUAUUAAUACGGCGACGGUGUGGCAUGCGUACAGGACGAAUGGCAUCAUGGACAAGGUCACGGGCUUUGGAUCUCUGCUCGAGGAGCACUAG